CUUGGCGGUUGCCAGGGGCAACACAAGCACCAGGUGACAACAGACGACUUUUAGUUAACUUGCAGGUUUUAUCUAGCUUAAUCUGAUGUUUGCCCUGGCGACUUUAAGCUUAGCUUUUUUUUACUGUAGAUAAUUGAGUGUAAAUGCCACCUAAAGCAGCUAAGAAAGGCUCAGCAGCCAGAAGUGCUCCUGGAGUCGCAGCUGUCAACAAGAACUGGGAGGCUGCUCUCACCAGAGAACAGUUUCAAGAGGAGUCAUGGCAGGCCUGUGUGUCUUUGGUGGUUGGGAGAAGUCCAGAGGAGGAGGAACUGACCCAGGCUUUGUCUUUGGCCGUGCAGAAACCACUACGCAAACUUUUCACCUUGUUGACCUGGGACAGCACCCAUACAAAGAUCCAUGAACUGAGGAAUCCCAAAGCAAAAAGACCUGAUGACAUCCCCGAGUUCUACGAGGUUACAGAGCUUGCUAAGGUGCUGCUGGAUGCCGGAGAGGAGAUUCCUUGUGACCUGAUGGCAAAAAUACUGAAGUUCCAGCUGCUACAGAUCAAAACCAAUGAUCAGCAGAGGAGGGAAGCCAAGCAGGCUGAGGAGAAGGCAAAGGCCAGAGCUCCCUCUGCCAGCAAGGACAAAGGAGGGGCCAAGGUCUCUGACAAAAAGGAAAGGAAUCCGCCCUCACCUGGACCUUCCAAGGACAAGAAGACUAAGUUCAGCCGCAGGGAUGAUGUUGAGCCACCAAAGUUCAUAGAUGACGAACCACAGGAUGGUCCUCAACACUACAUCCUACUGCUGGGCUUCUACCAGCCGCACCUGAUUGCAGAGCUUGAUGCCAUAGGUGUACAUGUUGCCAAUGUCAUUCAAUUGUGUUCAGAGCACACACAAACUUCUGAGGGACAGAAGGAGCAACACCCCUGUGAGGGCAAUGAGCAGAAUCUGGGAGCUUCUCCAGUUAUGGAUGCAGAAGCAGAGGUUCAUGGUAGCGUAGAGCUGGCUGAGCAGGCCAGGAAGUUGGAUCUAUUCUGGUCAGGUCUGAGACCAGUUUUGGACAGCGGGCCACCUGACUCCAAGCUCCGUGAUGUGGUUCAGCUCAGCUACACUGUCCCAGAUCUCGGGCCUCCCAUCGACACACAGGAACCUGAGGCUGAGCUGGAGAUGGGAAGCGAAAUAUUCGAGGGUGUGGCCAAUCUCAUGUAUGACUGUCUGGACUGGCGCAGGCAACAUCAGCACUACAUGGACAACAUCAAACUCAUCAGUGUACCCACUAUUGUUGAGUUGGUUCCACAGCCUGUAGAGGUUGUGCCGAUCCCUCUCCCCCUGACUCCACGCUCCAAGAAGAAAUCAGAGCCGAAGGAAAGCCCACCGGACCUAGGUAUCGAGCUGCCUCCUCUCUCCAAAGAUGUGGACAUGCGUUACUAUGGUAACCUACUCGGCCUGGUUCCCUCUGAAGCCUGCUCCGUGCCUCUAAUCGUGCACUGUAUGCUGGAACAGGUGGUGAUUUCAACAGAGCAGUCUUUGUCCACCCUGUCCCGUGUGGCUGAGGAACCCAAACCUCACAGUGCUCCCGGGUUAGACUAUGAGCUGGUCAGCUUCAUGCUCCAAAGCUUCCUGCCUCUGGUACACACAAAAGAUGAGAGAAGCCACAUGUUAAACAGCUUGCUGACAACAGCACAGAAUGAAGAGGACAAGAAGAGGCUAGUUGAGAAGUUUGGAGCAGAGGAGAUGCAGAAGAAGUCUGAGCACCCUCUGGUUAUCAGACGCCAUAAUGAGAUGGCACUGCGCUUAAGGGAUAUCAGUGCGGUUCACGGUUUUGAUCCAGCAGAGGUGGAGUCGUCCAUGAUGAGGCUGUCUCCAGUGUGGGAGCUGAUCCACUCUGCAGCUCAGCAUAGAAACAGCAACUCCUGCUGGAUGACAAUGAAACAGCAGCUCCAACACUACUGCACAGAUGAUAUUGUGUUAUGGCCGGAAGCGGAGCGUUUGAUUCAUCAGAGUGUGUUUGAGAGUAUGCCACUGACCAAGCUGGACCAAAAUAGCUUACUACUGAAUGUUACUGGGCCACUGGAAACACUGGAACCAGCACAGCAACAGACACCCUCAAUAAUCCCCUGGGACGACCCGCUAUCCUACGCUAAACAGCAGCUUAAUAACCUACGGACUAAAGAUCCGACAUUUGUCACUGAAGAUCCUGGUAACACAGAGCAGAUCAGUGGGAGAGUGCGUUGCCAGCUGGACUUAUCUGACAUUCAGAGUUGUAGGCUGAGAUCUCUGUUUGACUUCCACUACGCUGAACACCACAAUGCCUCCAUCUUCCCACAGGUACUCCAGUUAGCCUCAGAAGAAUACUGCUGCUUGGACACCUUCAGGGGAAGUCAUAAUAACAUCCUGUACAUUUUUUGUCACAAUCCAAUGAGCUCUUAUCGCCAGUGCAAUGAGUCCUGGGAUGUAGCCCUUCACACUGACGUCAAGUUCAGGAAGUACCUGGAGCAUGUGGCAGAUACCAUUUUGGAUUGGACAAAAGAGGAAGAAUUGAAAAGAGAGGCAAUGCAACUCAGCAAUGUCAGCCCUGCUGAGUCUCCAAAAGAUGAAAAGGCUACAGAUUCUGCAGAAGAGGAGGUGGAGGAGGACACUCAGGAGCCAGUCAUCAGGAAAGGCUCCCUUAAAGCCUGGAAGUUGGAGCAGGACCAGCUGAAGGAGGAGAUGGUCAAGAAAUCAAAGAAGGAGAAUUCACAGAGUGACAAGCAGCAAAAGGAGGAUGCCACGUCGACGGACAAUAAGAAACGUAAAACUUCGCCUCGCGACGAGAAGAGCAGAGCAGAGACAGCAGACGGCUCACCCAAGACUUCCACUGACCCCAUUACUACCACAGCGCCCCCUGUGGUGGAAAACGAGGAACCGCAUCCGAUAGAGGAGCCCUGCAAUGGUUUCACAGGCUACUACAUGGAUGGACAGUUGAUCCACGUGUCAGGUCGUUGCCAGUACCUUUUCCCUUCAGACGGCGGACACAUCACUGUGGACAAUGUCAGCUAUGUUGAAGGUUCCAGCCUAAUGAAAGUGGCUGUGAAGAAGGAUGGGCAUCGUUUCUACACACACCUCAACCAAGUUGUUGUUCAUCCAGAAAAACCUCCCCCGCAGCCCCAAGACAAAGAAACAAGUGACAAAAAAAAAGAAUUUAAAGUGUCAGAGUCUGUGGAGGUGAAAAGAGAGAAGCAGGGCUCCCUGUCAGCAGUGUUGGACAAUGGAAUCCACCUCUCAUAUAGUUUCUAUGGUCCCACAGGAGAAUACAGAGUGAGUCCCCAGGAAACAGAGCAAGGGGCCCCAGAGACCUCCACCUUCGUCCCCAUCCCUCUGUCCUCCUCCACCCAGGACUCCAAGGGGAUAGACCUGGAUUCAGUUCCCUCAAGGACACACAGUCCAGCCGGCGACACCGGACCUCCAGAGUCCCAGGUUCCACAUACGCAAAUGAAUACAUCUGAGGUGUGUGAAGGCCAGCCAGCAUUGCUAUCAAGUCCAUUCAACAGUCUCAGCCUGUCUGUUCCUAAUGGCCUGCUGCUUCAGUUUCUGCGAGAGGAUGCACAAGGAGUGUCCUCAGAAGAGCAGGGUAUGUUGGUGAAACAAGGCUUUCCUCUUCAUGGUCAGGGAGCUGUAGGGCAGCGUCAGGACCCUUCCCUCUCCAAAGAACUGUCCCGCAUCGUCACCAGCCAGGGAGCCGUGAUCCGAUACAUGAGAGAUGGGUCCACAGAGGUUCUGUAUGCAGAUGGCUCAGUCAGUUUCAGCCAGGAUUCUGGUCCCGUAUGGGUUCCUGAUUCCGAGGUUGAGGAGGAAACCGAGGACAGCGAGAAAGAGCAGGAUGGUGCUCAGAGAGGGUGUUGGUUAACUACGACUCCAUCUGGAGCUCGCAUCUGCACUGUGGGGACCACACACAAGCACUUUCCCACCACGCCUCUCCUCGCCUUCAAGGCUACAGACCCCAUCACCCAUGAGGUGAUGCUGAGCCGGGAGGAUCUGGUGGUUUCGAUCCACCACCCAGAUGGAUCUCUCUGUGCAGAACAUGCAGAUGGAACCAGGAUCACCACUCUCUACCAAGACAGACCACCGAGCACACCGCAAUACAUACUGCUGCACACAGGGGAGCAGCCUGAGAGCGUGUCCCUCAAAUCAACUUCUGAAUGUGAAUGCGGCUGCACCGAGUGUGUGUGUGUCACGCGCUGUGCGGACAGCAUUAAUGAGAACGUGCACACCCAGGAUACUUGUGACAAUGGAGACGAGAUUAGCGGGGAUGGUGGAGGGAAAGAAUGUGACACGGAGGCUGCUUGUACAGAGUUGAGCGAGUGUGAGCAUGAAAGAGAAAGCAGUGUGUAUAAGAAUGGUGAGGAGAUUGCAGAAGAUGCUGAGAAUGGUACAAGGAGUGCACAGGAGAUCGAUAAGGGGAGCGUGUCUGCCAAAGAGCAGGUGGUGUUGGUGGAGAAGGAGGGCUGCUCCACUGUGGUGAUGUACCCAGAGCGACACACAGCUCACGUCUUUUUAGCAGAUGGAACUGUCAUCACUGGGGACAACCAAGGAGCCUAUCAGGUGUUCCCAUCCAGUGUGGGGCUCCUGGAGAUCCAAACUGAUGGGAAGUGUGUGUACUCAUCUGACCCACUCAUAACCCCCAGUCCAAAGGGUGGCCCCCCCACAAACCACCCAGGAAGCUACGCCAUGAGUCAUACAGAUAAAGUGGCCUGUGACGUUACAGACCCCGACGGGAACCACUUCCAGGUGAUGGAAGAUGGAGAAGUAUCAGUGUUGAACUGCAGCCCUGCUCCGAGCACACUUGAACAGGAGGAGGAGGAGGAGGAGGAGGAGAAAGAGGAGAAGGAGGAGGAGGACAGAGAAAUGUCCAGAAUUAAUAUAAAAUACAGAGAUCAUUGUCCCAGGCUGUUUCUGGUGCAUGAAGAUGGCUCAAGUACCGAACUACUGAGCUCUCAAACUGUAGAGGAACUGCUCUACCAGGCGUACUCUGACCCGGCCAUAGCGCUGCUGAAGGAACCACUGCCAGACACACAAGAUGGGUCUGGCAUUACCAUCCUAAAGCCCAGCCACCAGAGCGUUUGGUCCCAGUGGUUUCUAGGGAAACAGAACCCUGACAUUACCCCUCCCAACCUCAGAAACCGCAGCUGGCAUGACUUCCCUAGAACAGAGAAGAAGACCCCAGGUCCUCCAUUUGGUACCGACAUGGGACAAGGUUUGACUCUGAGAGAGAGGUCUGGCGGUUCUGCAGCACAGCGGCAACCUGUCAGGAGCUGCCCUAAAGUCCUGGAGAUGAGGGAGCUGUACCAGCAUCGACCGUGCACUACGCCACUCAGAAAUACUGUAGACGCACGACUGAAGGAAUACAUAGAGAGUUUGAUGGAGAGGGAGCAGCGAUCAGAGGAGAUGAAAGUCAAAGACCCUCGCACUGAGGAGGAGAGUGUCCAUGCCAGUGAUCUGCUCAAUCUGGUCCUGUCUUUUGCAGAGGAAGACGAUGCAGGGCACAUCUUUGACAAGAGGACUUCAGUGGACGUAGCCAGUCUGUACAGCCAAGGAGUCGGAGACCCGGUCGAGCAGUCAGAUGAUUCAGAAGAAACAACCUCAGUAGCUAGUGACAGUUUUACUGACGGAAAGGAGUCAAAGUGGACUGAAAGACUUGACCAGCACAGACAGGAGAUGUGUGAGGAGCAGGCUCAAAGAGAGGCUCUAAGGAAGAAGAACAUUAUUCCUUUUUUCCACCCAGAAAAUAUUCCAUUAUACCAGAAUCUGCUACAGCAAACACCAGACAUGAGGAGUCUAUCCAUGGAUCUCCCUCCGUUCCCCAAGACAGACAGUCCUGAGGCCUUCCUGACAGAUGCCCCCCAAGAGAGCACCCCACGACCCUUAAACCCAACACCCUCUCAAUCUGCAAGUCGUGCAGGAAGAAGUGACAGGAUGCUUGAGAAAAGACCCACCAACCCCACGCCUCAGACCGCUGGUGAAAGCAGUCUGAGGGGUUCAUCUGGGCAAUGCAAGUCAGUCCAGGUGGAUGUGACCGGAAAGCUCAGGAGGACUAAAGUCAGACUACCAACCUCUAUCCUCGGCUCUAAACCUCGCAGCGAACCAAAUCAACAGUUCCUGUCGGUGGAAGAGCCAGUGAGGAGGAGGUGUCGGACUAUUUCUCUGACUGAUCCGAGUGUCGUAGUGAGGGGAUUCCAGCUGCUCCCGUCCAGCGUUGACUUUGGCACACUGCGGGAGGGCACCUCCUCAGCCGUUACCGUGGCGAUGAAGAAUGUGGGUGUUGACAACUGCAGGUUCCACGUGAAACAGCCUCCUCCUGCUUCAGGCCUCCGGGUCAUCUACAAUCCUGGGCCUGUGGCUGCAGGUUUGCAAGUUGAAGUGCAGGUCCAGCUGUUCGCCAUGUGUGCAGUCCAAGCAGGAGAGGUAGAGCAAAAUAAGUACAUCUCCCAGGAUAUCAUCAUCCACACUGAGACAGACAUCCUCUACCUGCCCGUCACUGCUACCAUCCUGUCUGAGAGGUUAUAUGACAUUUGGCUCAAGGACCGCACCGGUACACACAACAAGAAGAGAGGCUCCAGGGUCCGUCAACUGUCUUCCACCCUACCAGUCGGACGGUUGACCCAGUACCCGUCUGACCAGGCCGUCAGCAAAAGAUGGACAUCUUAAUUGCACCACUUCUCUGUGAGGAUAUACACAUACCAAUCUCCCAUCAGAUUUCACAUCGUUCAAGCUGUUAUCCCAUCAUCAUCCUACCACACUCACUCACACUCACUUGUACGAAUUCUCAGAUGUACGUCGCUUUGGACAAAAGCGUCUGCUAAAUGAAAAUGUAAAUGAAUUUGUACUCCCUUUUUUUUCAACAACGAAUGAAAUAUUUUAAUGGAUUUUUAUAUUUUCCUCUGUUCCAAAUAAAAUCGUUAUUAAUGAAAUAA